UACUUGAGUUACUUCGGAGUUUUAACUUAAACACGAGGAAAUGUAUUAUCGUGUAUUACAAAUACAAAAGUAGUGUUUUUUAAUAAACCUGAGACAAAAGUAAUGAAAACUUAAAAGUGAAAGGUUUACUUAUGAAACGUGUAAUGUUACAUGAACCUCAGCCAAUAGGCUUCCGUUGCGUCGUCUCCUCCCAUAACGCCUCUCUCUCGGCAGUAUGGCCGCCGACCUGUAGCCGUUGGUGUGUGUGGAUAUAAAGAUUAUAGUUUUACACUUUCAAACAAUGUCGGCCGUACUUUUCCUUAAAAAGUCGUUGAGCCAACUGCCACCGAGUGUCGCUCGGCAGGUGGUCGGCUGUUGUUAUCACACCGAGAAAGGUGUUUACGGAUACCGACCCAAACUGACCGAGAGCCACCACAAGUUAAGCGACCGCAUCGCAGCACUGAAUCAAGAUCAUGGUCUUGCCCGUCUGGUGGAGGCAUACAGAGCACAUGGACACAAAGCUGCUAAAAUUAACCCCUUACUACCCCAACAGCCUGUUGCUCACAGCGUCCCGGAGAUAAACCUGCUGACUGGCACCAUCACAGGACCACUCAACACCUCAGGUCUACGGCACAUUGGCAAAGCGGAGGCUUCAGUGGAAGAGGUUCAGGCCUACCUGGAAGAAGCCUACUGUGGCCACCUGUCCGUGGAGACCAGCCAGCUGAGCAGCCUCGACGAGAGGGAGUGGUUUGCUGACCGCUUUGAGGAACUCAGGAAAAAUAAUUUCUCCACAGAGGAGAGGAGGCAGCUGGCCAAGAUCAUGCUGGAAUCUCAGGAAUUUGACCACUUUUUGGCCACCAAGUUUGCUACUGUGAAGCGUUAUGGAGGAGAAGGAGCAGAGAGCAUGAUGGCCUUCUUCUACGAGCUUUUCCACCAGUUGGCCCACAGCGGAGUCACUGACAUUGUCAUCGGCAUGCCCCACAGAGGCCGACUUAACCUCCUGACAGGCCUGCUGAAGUUCCCACCAGAGCUCAUGUUCCGUAAGAUGCGAGGCCUCAGCGAGUUCCCCGACACCUCGCCUGCCAUCGGUGACGUUCUCUCCCACCUCACCUCCUCGGUGGAGCUGGAUUUUGGAGCUGGACACCCUCUUCAUGUGACCAUGCUGCCCAACCCAUCUCAUCUCGAGGCGAUCAACCCCGUGGCUCUUGGCAAAACCAGAGCCAGGCAGCAGCUCAGGCAGGAAGGAGACUAUUCACCUGAAGACAACGCCCAGCCGGGGGACCAAGUCGUCUGUCUGCAGGUCCACGGUGAUGGCGCUUUCCCUGGCCAAGGGAUUGUUCCAGAAACAUUGACCCUUUCAAACCUCCCUCACUACAGAGUCGGUGGGAGCAUCCAUCUCAUUGUGAACAACCAAGUGGGUUACACCACUCCAUCCGAGAGAGCGAGAUCCUCUUUGUACUGUAGUGAUGUUGGUAAGAUGGUGAACUGUGCUGUGAUCCACGUAAACGGCGAUGAUGCAGAGGAGGUGCUGCGGGCCACUCGGCUGGCUGUGGACUACCAGAGGCUUUUUAGGAAAGACGUCAUUGUAGACCUGAUCUGCUACCGUCAGUGGGGCCACAACGAGCUGGACGAGCCUUUCUUCACUAACCCAGCCAUGUACAAGAUCAUCCGAUCCCGUAAGAGCGUCCCCGACUACUACUCCGACCAGCUCAUCUCUGAGGGUCUGAUGACCGAUGUCGAGCGUGAUGCAAUCAAGUCCCAACACUACGGCAUGCUCAACGACAAGCUGUCUAACAUGACCCUGUACAGCCCUCCACCCACCAACCUGCAGGGCCGCUGGGGGGAUCUGGUGGAACCCCAGGCCAGAGUCACCACCUGGGACACAGGCGUUCCCAUUCCCCUGCUGCAGUUUGUAGGAGCAAAAUCUGUGGACAUCCCUGAGCAAAUCCAGCUGCACAGCCACCUUGGAAAGACCCAUGCACAGGCUCGGUUAAACAAGUUAGAAGAAGGGACCAAACUGGACUGGUCCACAGCAGAGGCCUUGGCUUUCGGCUCUCUCCUCUCCCAAGGCUUUAAUAUUCGAAUCAGCGGACAGGAUGUUGGAAGAGGCACGUUCAGUCAGCGACACGCCAUGGUGGUGUGUCAAGACACUAAUGACAUGUACAUCCCUCUGAACCACAUCAGCCCGCAGCAGACAGGCUUCCUGGAGGUGUGUAACAGCCCACUGUCUGAGGAGGCGGUGCUUGGAUUUGAAUAUGGUAUGAGUAUCGCACAGCCGAAGCUCCUUCCAAUCUGGGAGGCUCAGUUUGGAGAUUUCUUCAAUGGAGCGCAGAUCAUCUUUGAUACCUUCCUCACUGGAGGUGAAGCCAAGUGGCUGUUACAGAGUGGGAUGGUGAUCCUGCUGCCUCACGGCUAUGAUGGAGCCGGACCCGAACACUCAUCCUGCCGUAUGGAGCGCUUCCUCCAGAUGUGUGACAGUAAAGAAGAGGGUGUGGACGGUGACAACGUGAACAUGGCCGUGGUCAACCCAACCACUUCUGCUCAGUACUUCCACCUGCUGAGGAGACAGAUGAUCCGGAACUUCCGCAAACCUCUCAUUGUGGUUGGACCCAAGACACUGCUCAGAUUUUCUGGGGCAGCGUCCAGUCUGACUGCAAUGACACCAGGAACAUCUUUCAGACCAGUGUUGGGUGAUACUUCAGUCCCAGCAGAAAGUGUCCAGAAGGUGGUGCUGUGCUCAGGGAAACAUUACUAUGCCCUGCUGAAACAGAGGGAGACAUCAGCAGCCAACCAAAACACAGCACUCAUCCGUGUGGAGGAGCUAUGUCCGUUCCCACUGGACGCUCUGCAGCAGGAGCUCAAGAAAUACCCCAACGCCAAAGAGUUUAUUUGGAGUCAGGAGGAGCCCCAGAACAUGGGUCCCUGGUCUUUUGUAGCACCCAGGUUUGAGAAGCAGCUGGCCUGCAAGCUUCGAUUAGUGAGCCGACCUGCUCUGCCCGCCCCUGCUGUCGGUAUCGGGACUCUCCAUCACCAGCAGCAGGAGGCCAUCCUCACCGCUACCUUCUCCUAAGACUCAACAAGACUGGGAACUAAAAUAACCAGUAAACUAGCACCACACUACAUGCUGGUAUUUGCUGUGGUCCUCCAAACCAUUGUUGCUAAAUGUGCUGCAAGGCAAAUACACGGUACCUUUUAGACAAUGUGGAUGUUGCAUUUAAAAAAAAAAAAAAAAACCCACCCACAAGCAGUGUGCAAUACUGUACAUGCAAGACCACACGUAAUGCUUAAUAAUAUAACAAACACAGGUUUUAAUUAUCAUGUUUAUGGUUUGAAAGAAAUGCCUGAAUUCAUGUCUGCCUGUUUCUAAAGUUCCCCACUAUGCCACUAUUACUAUGCCUGUAUUUUAUGUGUUCAGUGGCAAGGCACAAUGGCAACUGUGAAUCGAGGCCUUAGAGACCGUGUUUACAAUGUGAUGGAAGCCCUGUUAGCUGACCAUCGUAUUUGUAGCACUGGGGAUUGCAUCUUAUCUGUGUCAAACCAGUUCGAGCUCCACGUUUUAGGAAUCAAAACUGUCUGCACAAGUUUUCUAUUUCUUUUGUCUUUUUUUUUUUUUUUUUUUUUUUUUUACUGUUCUGAACAGAAAAUAUCAGUAUAGGUUGUUAGAAAUAUGUGUAAAAUAUUUCUGCAAGAACAGGGAGCACUUGAACUGGAUUUCUGAAAAGACAAAAAAAGAGAUGUCUAGAUUUUGACUGUUGAAUGCUUAUCCAACUUUGAGUUAUGUAUUUGGACAUUUCAUGGUACAAAUUUAAGCUAAGAAAUACUUGAUUAUUAUGUAAUCAUUGUUCAAACUAAGACUUCAAUUCAAAAAUAAAGGGCUAAUGUAAAUAAAGCAAAUCAGAUGGAUUUUAAAUGGAAGUAUUUUCAAAUAAAUAUAUUUUCACGUCA